AUGUUUCAAGAAGAUAACGUGCCAUCCCAUACUGUGAACAUAUCAAAGAAAUGCAGAAAAGAACUUGGUCUGGAUGUUCUUGACUGGCCAUCAAGAAGUUCAGAUUUAAGUCCAAUUGAAAAUAUCUCGAAUAUUUUGAAUGACUGUGUUUGCAAGAGGACUUUCCCACUUACGAACCUGAGGGAGUUGGAAGUAGCUCUACAAGAAGAGUGGCAAAAAAUAGAUAGAAAAACAUGUGCAGAUCUAUGCCUCAAAAUGCAUAACAGAUUAGUAGCUAUCAAAGAGAACAAAGAUGAGCCUAUCCCAUAUUAA